AGGAGGGGGAGGAAGCGAGCGGGCGGGGGAUGUGGUGCUGCGGCGGCCGCCACCGCAGCUGCCGCUGCCUGCUCGCGGCUGGGUGUCCCGGAGGCGGCUGCCUAGAGCCGCGCGAGCAGCUGCGGUGCUCUGCCAUAGUGUGUCCCGCCCGGCCCGGCCCGGCCCUGGCCUCCCCGCCGCGGUGGCGGAGCUGACGUUCCGUAAGAGUAAAUGGGUCCAGUGAUUGGAAUGACUCCAGAUAAGAGAGCUGAAACACCAGGAGCGGAAAAGGUUGUAGGACUAAGUCAGAUUUACAAAAUGGGAAGCUUGCCCGAAGCCAUUGAUGCUGCUGGGCCAAAGGCCACUCUAGUGGGCAGUGACUUGGCAGAUGACGAUGAGCUUACAAACUUGAACUGGCUGCAUGAAAGCACCAAUCUUCUAACGAACUUCAGUCUUGGAAGUGAAGGUCUUCCAAUGGUUAGUCCAUUGUAUGACAUAGAGGGAGAGGAAGUGCCACCCUUUGGACCAUCUUGCUACCAGAACCCAGAAAAAAAAUCAGCAACUUCAAAGCCCCCAUACUCCUUUAGUCUUCUCAUUUAUAUGGCUAUUGAACACUCUCCAAAUAAAUGUUUGCCUGUCAAGGAAAUUUAUAGCUGGAUUCUGGAUCGCUUCCCAUACUUUGCUACUGCACCCACAGGCUGGAAGAAUUCUGUUCGGCAUAAUCUGUCCCUGAACAAAUGUUUCCAGAAAGUGGAAAGAAGUCACGGCAAGGUUAAUGGGAAAGGUUCCUUAUGGUGUGUUGAUCCAGAAUAUAAGCCCAACCUUAUGCAGGCCUUGAAGAAGCAACCUUUUUCCUCUCCACAAAGUGUUUCUUUAUCACCUCACUAUUUAAGCUCUGUUCUCAAGCAAAAUCAAGUGCAAACCCUUAAAGAAUCUGAUAUUGAUGCUGCCACCGCAAUGAUACUUUUAAAUACUUCCAUAGAACAAGAGAUUUUAGAAUGUGAGAAGCCUCUUCCUCUUAAAACAUCAUUGCAGAAAAAGAGGAAUUAUGGCAAUGCAUUUAACCGCCCCAGUGCUGUGCAGUUACCAGAGAGUGAUUCUUCAGCCUCCAGCAUUGAUCCUAAAGCAGACCACAACUACAGCGCCAGCAGCAUGGUGACACAGCGCUGUGCGUCCAGGUCCAGUGUGUCCUCCCUGUCUUCUGUGGAUGAGGUGUACGAGUUCAUCCCAAAGAGCAGCCACGCCAGAAGUGACGGCAGUGAGGGCUUUCACAGCGAAGACGACACAGAUGAGGAUGAUCCUCUUGGAGAUAGUGGCUAUGCACCACAAGCUCAUGCAGAGAAUUCUCCAAAACGACAGCCAGGCAAAAAGAUGCGAAAACAGUCAUGUCAAGAAAUUGAUGAAGAGCUCAAAGAAGCAGCUGGGUCUCUGCUCCAUCUUGCUGGAAUUCGCACCUGCCUUGGGUCCCUGAUAAGUACUGCAAAGACCCAAAGUCAGAAACACUGGAAAAAGUAGAAGUCCUUAUUAGUGUAAAAUGAUUUCAAGUGUGGCAAUACUCUUCUACUUAUUUCUUUACAAGGGAUAUCAAAGCCAUAAUGGACUUCUUUAGUUUAGAAUGGAGGAGGGGUGCCAGUUGUUUUCUAAAUAUUUUUGGUUGCUUUUUCUUUUUGUUUAAUUAAACAGUUGCUGUUAGGAUCAUGCCUAAUUAUAAAUCUGUGAUUAAAAGGCCCCAGAAGAAUAAAUUCUGUGAUAAGCGUCUCCCAGAUUUGGACAUUUUUGUAUAAGAAAAGCCCCAGGCUCUGUCUUAAACUUGUAGGAAAAAUCUUUUUUGAUCUGUUGAAAUAUAAGCACUGGUAACUCAACUUUUCCCCUUUUUUUCAGUCUGUAAUUAACUGGCCACUGAUGUAACUAGCACUGUGCUCUUCUGACACUCAGCGGAGUAGGGUAGAGGUCCCAUCUUUUGUCUUGUUCUUGUUUUAAGUUGUUGCAGCAUGAACAUAGAUAUAAACAGGAAAUGAUCCUAGAUGUCUACAAAGGUUUUUCGUUACAUAGCAAAUCUAACAGAGUUCUAAGAUUCAGGAAAGCCAAUUUUGGGAUGUGAUUUCAUCCAAGAAGACUUAAUCCCUAUUGCAAUAGUAUCUUUGAAAUGUUUUUAUUUCACAGAUGAUGCAUAGCAUUCAUUGGGGCCUUUUAUCCUUUCCCAAAGUACUUUGCAAGUAUUGUUUUAAGUUUUAGCUGCUAGCUGUCUUUGUUAAAGUACAAAUUGUCCAGUAAGAGGAUAUAGCCACAGAGUGUCAGGGAAUGAUACCCAUUUUGACACAGUUGUACAGAAAGAGAAUAUUACAUGUGUUUUCUAAACUGAGAGUGUAUUAAAAUAUUUUGAAGAUGACUUAUGAUAUCAUAAGUAAAGGUGGGUCAUUGAGGGCAAAACUUCCCAAGCUUUGUUUGGAUUAAAAUUACAGGUACACUGAACAUUUAAUGAAACUGUAGAGAUAAGAUAUCUUCAGGGAUUUCAAAACACAUACAAAAUUAGAUCUUACCCAAAUUUUUUGAGAAGGCAAUAUAAUACCUAUAUGUGCCAUUACUCUAUUCUAAAAGAUUUUUAUAUUCCUAUUCCAAAAGUGCAUUGACUACAGUAUUUUAAGUAUUUGAACAAAACUGCUUAUAUAAGUCAGUUUUCAAAUCGCUUAGUUUCACUAUGUUAUUCAGAAAGAACAGGGAUACUAAUACUGUAAUUCAUUAUAUUUUUUACAGUAAUGGGAGCAACUUUCCCAAAGUUUAAUUCUAUUUCAUGAUCUAGCCUAUGUCCUAGAAAAUGUUUCAUUUUUUUAACCAUUUAUAUACAUAUAUACACAUACACAGGCUCAGGUUAAUUUCCCACUUUCAGCUGUCUUUGUGACUAUAAAGCAUCUUGGGUUUUUUGGAGACACUUUUUUUAUUUUAACUUUUAAAUUUUAGAAGUUGGGCAAAACUGUCAAAUGAGAAUAAUAAAAACAUAUUUCUUAGUUUACAGAACUUUUGGAAUAACAGCAUUAAUACUCUGUCCUGUUUCCAUGUUGUAACUGAAUCUGGAUAGUCACAUUAAUGGAAUUGGUGCUGCUAAAAUAUACAAAAUUGCCUUUGGUUGAUAAUGAAGGAUGAGGUAUUUAAAAUUUUUUAUUCCUCACAAUUGUUAACCUCUCCAGAAAACAGGCAAACAAAAUUAACCUCUACUGAGGCAAAGAAUAAAACACCAGACAAAAGCAUAUUUUUAACAGUAUACUCUUCCCUCAAAUCUAGACAUUAAAGCGUCAGUCACUAGCAGAGAUGGUGCACACUUGUGCGCUGUAAGCUAACAGAAGCUCAUGACAUUCUCACAUAGUUCAUUGCGCCACUUUCCAUUUGCUGCUGUGCCCAGGCAUUCAUCUCAAAGGGAAAACCUUUUCAUCUUGGUCCUUAUGACACCCUUGGAGAUGUUGCUGUAGCUCAGGUGCUGACAUAGAGACAUGGCUCAGAACCACCCAGCCAAGGAAAGUCAUUCCAAGUCCCAAAGAACAAACUGUGUAAUAACCAUACUAGAAAAUCCAGAGAUGUUACCUAAGUCUCAAUAUAUUUUAAAACUGUGACUUAAGCUAAGCUAUGAUUUGCCUUACAUCAAAAUUCUUUUGUUGUAGCCGAUUCCAAUUUUAAUGGAUCCCUAGUAAAAGUUGUAUCUUAACACUGUUUAUCUUUCACAUCUCUAAUAGAAUCAGUGUUUCUAGAAUAUAUAGCUUUGACAUUUAUUUGUGCAAUAUGUUGCUAAAUUAGUUAAUCCUUAACUUUUCAAAUUCAGAACGAAAACAUUACCUGUAUUAGUAGAGAAACUAACUAGGGGUGGGUCACCCUAUUUCCACCGAGGAGCCUUUCCUGUUCUGGUAGCCAGCAUGCCUUCUCUUAACUUGGAUUCCUUUGUAUAUCUUGAAGUUUAGAGCACAUUUUUUUUCCCUUUCACUAUUUUCUGAGGCAUUAUGUAAAGGGUUCCUACUAGAUGGUCAGUUAUUACACGUUAGCACAGUUCAAAGCUAGAGCAAGUGCUAAGGGAAUAUAUGUCUUUGUAGACCGGGAGGCCUUUCCAGCAACUUAAGCAACAGAUGUGAAUACUUCACAAAGCUGUAAAGACUGUUGUCUUAAAAUACUAUGAUAACUUAGCACCCUUUUGUGAAACCUAUAGCAUUUCCUUAAGAGACUUUGAGGCUUUCUGGUUUACUUAUACUUUAUAGUUUUUUUCUUAUUUUGAAAUGUGUAAGCUUUGAUUUAAAGUUUACUUCAAUAUGUUAAUGAUGUAGUCAGAUAUUUAUUGAAAGGCAAAUAGGGUAUUUUAAUGUUACACCUGCCAUUUUUUUCUUGAAGUGCAUUCUUUGCAUCUAACUGCCAGUGCCAUUGUCAAAACUUGUUUUUGAAAAUUGUUGACUUUUUUUAUUAAACUAAGUGCUUAAAGUAUUAUGUUGCCAUCAUAUAGUGUAUAAAAUGUAUAAUUGCCAAUUCAUUGUAACUAUUAUUUAUUUUUAAACAAAAUCAGAAUACUUUCUGAUUCAAGAAAAUUGUUAAAUUCUGAUGUAGUGUAAAAAGUUGUCCUGAGUUUAACUGCCAAGAGAUGACCAGUCACAAGUGAGCCACUUCUCAGUUGCCAUUCUUUGCUCGUAUUCAAAAACACUUGCAAAUGUUUAGUUUUUGUAUCUAAUCUGAUAAUUAAAAUGUUUAUAAAGUUUAUUUUUACCAAAGAUAUGCAAUUCAUUAUGAUAAAGUAUUGCAGAAUAAAUGUUUUAUAACAUUU